CCGCUCCGCUCGAUCAAAUCCCCUCCUCGUCGUCAUCGUUCCCACCGACACCGCAGUACCGCACCCGCGCCGCCGCGAGCGCGAUGGCCGCCGCGGCUUCCUCCUACUUCGCGGGCCCGGCCAUCAUGCCGUCGCAGCGCGCCGCCGCGGCGCCCGACAACUCCGCCGCCGCCUCCACCCCUUCCGCGGCCAAGUCGCGCGACCCCCGCUUCGCCGGAUGCGCGCCCGCCACCGUCCGCCACAUCGCCCGCUCCUUCGCCGCCGCGGCAGCCGUCGCCGGUCCGCCGGCGGCGGGCGACCCCGUCGUCUCCAUUGACGGCGUCGACGCCACCAACGUUUGGGUUGGGAGGGUGGUGAACAUGGCGAGCAUGGAGGCUGGCGUGUCGUUCACGCUCGACGACGGCACUGGGAAGAUCGCGCUCGUGCGGUGGAUCGCUGACCAGAUGGAUGCUAAGGAGGCGGCUUUUGUCCAGAAUGGAAUGUACCUCAAGGUUCAAGUGACACUUGUUGGGUUUCAAGCUAAGCAGCAGGGUUUUGCUCGUUCUAUCAGGCCUGUUACCAAUUUCAAUGAAGUGGUGCUGCAUUUCAUCGAGUGUAUACAUGUGCAUUUGGAAAAUGUCCGGCCAAAGAUGCAAGGUCUACUCCCUCGCUCUGUUCAACCAAAUGCAUCUACUCAUGAGAUGCAAGGUCAUGUCCCUCAUGGAGUUCAAACAAAUGCACCUGCUUAUACGCCCUUUUCUGGUGGAGUUAGAGAGCAUCAAGUUCAUUUUUCUCCUGAAGUAAACCAAGGGCUAUUUCCUCCGUCUACUCAAACAAACACAUCUACUCAUGUACCUUUUUCUGGUGGAGUGAGAGGACAGCAAGUUCAUUCUACUUCUCGACCCAACCAAUUUUCAGCUUACCCAGGUACUGGUGGACAACAGCGAGAUCUGCAGAGAAUGGUUAUGGAAGUAAUGCAACAACCAGAUAUACUUGCACAUGAAAAUGGAGUACAUGUUGAUGAAGUGGCAAGGAGACUUGGAAUGCCAAGAGCACAAAUUUUGGCCACCGCCCUGCAGCUGGUCGAUUUGGCCUGCCUUUAUUCCACUAUCGACGACUAUCAUUUCAGGUCUACUUUAAAUGGCUGAUCGAUGCAGUCAUCUUCAAGAUUAGUUAACGACAUAUGAGAUUUGCUCCAGUUUUUAGGUACUGAACAGCAUUCAUGUAUAUGCUUCAAGUAUCCAUAUCUAGUAGUACACGAGAUUUCCCUUUGUACAGAUCGCACUAAUAUUUUAGUUGCCAAGCAAAUUACUCACACAUGCAGAUUGGUUAGAAUGUCAGGUCUUUAGCAUGUCGCAGUUGCUGGCUGGAUGGAUCUGCUUAGUACUAUUUACUUGUUUUUAUUUUAAUUUUUACUGAAUACUGGGAUAUACAGUGCGAUCUUCUCAUCCAUUUCCCAUUCUU